AUGCCACCCAAGGGACGAGGAAAGGGCAAACAGAAAAGACAUAGGUCUGUCACUCCUCCUGUUGCACCUUCUCCACAACAUGAUCGUGCUACGGUAGAAUCCGACGAAGAACAACAAACACAUGAGACAGUUGACAUAGAAGUACAAACAAAAGACGAAGCUGCAACAACCCCAGCAAUGAAAAAAACGAGACCUGUUCCAUUGACCUUGCAGCCAGAACAAGAACAAGCAUUGGCUGACUGGUAUAAAGAAAAUGAAUUCUUAUACAACUUCAGGAUGGCUGAUUAUAAAAACAAGGAGAAGAGGCAGAGAAUAAUGAAAGAAAAAGCUCAACAGUUCGGAAUAUCUGCAGAACAGUUGACCAUCUGGUUGAAAUCGAUACGAGACAGAGCAGGGAAAAUCACCAAGAAGCAGCCCUCUGGCUCUGGAGCGCAGCCCCUCACUGACCGUGACAAGUGGGUCCUAGACAACUUCGGUUACAUCCAGAAUUACAUGAGGAGAGUUGCAGAAGGCAAGAGAAAGAAAGGGGGUUAA